AUGGCACCGUUAUGCACUGGCCGUUAUGCGCUGUGGCGCAUAAUGAAGAAAGCUCUCAACAUGAGGAAAAUUGCUUCCCGCUGGGUUCCACAUCGACUAACUGAAGUACAGAAAUGGCACCGUUAUGCACUGGCUGGCACCUACUUGGAGAGAUACUGCAAUGAAGAAGACGCAUUUCUGCAGCGUAUUGUCGCCAUUGAUGAAACAUGGGCACGAGCCUAUGAGCCUGAAUUAAAGCGUCAAUUAAAUGAAUGGUGUCACCAAGGUUCGCCACGUCCACAGAAAUUUCGACAGGAACCCAGUCGGGUGAAGGUUAUGCUGAUUAUGGCAUACGACUAG